AUGGGGGGGCCUAAAACUAUUGAAGCUGUGCCUAAUUAUCUGUAUCACAUAUGCAUAAACACAACAGCUUUCAACCCCAACAACACCACCACCAUUAGUGUUUACCAAUCAAAUCUAAAUCACCUCCUUUCCAUCCUUUCCUCAACCUCCUCCACUCAUGGAUUUCACACCGCCACUGCUGGCCGUGACUCAUCAACUGGAUCAGCCAUCGCCUACGGCCUCUUCCUUUGCCGCGGAGAUAAGUCCGCGGCCGUCUGUGGAGAAUGCGUGGCAACAGCUGCUCGAGAACUUCUGAAUCUUUGUCCAAUUGUGAAAGAGAACAUAAUAUGGUACGACGAGUGCAUGUUGCGAUACUCCAACCGCUCUUUGUUGGGCAUCUUAGACGAACAAUAUGGAACUUUUCUUUAUAACACGGAAAACAUAACGGAGAAAGAUCGAUUUGAGGGAUUACUAAAUGCCACCAUGAAGGCUGCUGCAACUGUGGCCGCAAGUGGUGGGCAUGAGAAAAAGUUUGGGACUAAAGAAGCUUAUUUCACCGGGUUUCAAACGCUGUACAGCCUCGCACAGUGCACGCCAGACUUGUCCAGCGGCGAUUGCAGUAGAUGUCUUUCGGACGCGAUGGAUGAUCUUUAUUACAAGAGAUAUAACACACAACAAGGUGCAAGGCGUCUGCUUCCUAGUUGCAAUAUUGGGUUCGAACUUUACCCCUUCUACAACAAGACUAAUACAUGGACCCCGCCAACCACCAACAAAGCUGAGAAUGACAUUACAAGCAUAGAUUCCUUGCAAUUUGACUUGGCAACAAUUGAAGCCGCUACAAGCAAUUUCUCUAUCAAUAAUAAGUUGGGCCAAGGAGGAUUUGGAGAAGUUUACAAGGGUACACUUGCAAAUGGACAAGAAAUAGCUGUGAAAAGGCUAUCAAAAGGCUCUGUGCAAGGUGCAAAAGAAUUUAAGAAUGAGGUUAUAUUAGUGGCCAAGCUUCAGCACAGAAAUCUCGUGAGAUUGGUGGGAUUUUGCUUUGAGGGAGAAGAGAAGUUACUUGUCUAUGAAUUUGUGCCCAACAAAAGCCUUAACUAUUUUCUAUAUGACCGUGUCCAUGAGCAAAAAGAACAAUUGGAUUGGUCAAGACGUUACAAGCUAAUAGGAGGAAUUGCACGGGGAAUUCUAUAUCUUCAUGAGGAUUCUCAUUUUAGAAUUAUACAUUGCGAUCUCAAACCUAGUAAUAUAUUGUUAGAUGCUGAAAUGGAACCAAAAAUUUCUGAUUUUGGUAUGGCAAGGAUUUUUGGAGUUGAUCAAACUAGAGGAAUUGCAAGUAGAAUUGCAGGAACAUAUGGCUACAUGUCUCCAGAAUAUGCAAGGCGUGGACAAUUCUCUGUAAAAUCAGAUGUGUACAGCUUUGGUGUCACGGCUAUGGAGAUUAUAAGUGGAAAAAGAAAUAACACUUUCUAUCAAUCAGGUUGUGCUGAUGCUGAGGACCUUUUGAGCUAUGCUUGGGAACUUUGGAAGGAAGGAAAAUCUUUGGAGUUGAUAGAUCCAGCAUUAAGAGCAUCUAGUUCAGAGAAUGAAGUUGUUAAAUGCGUCCAACUUGGCUUAUUAUGUGUAGAAGAAAAUCCAGAAGAUAGACCCACCAUGGCUUCAGUACUUACCAUGCUUACUAAGCAUCAUCUUAAAUUGCCAAUACCUCAAAAACCUGGAUUUUGCUUUCAAACAGAGUCAAAUGGUCAUUGUCCUCAAUCUAUCAAUGAAGUCUCAAUUUCUGAGCAAAAUCCUCGAUGA